CCCGCGAAUGCACGUCGCUUAGCAUGGCUGCUGCGUCGAGCUAAUUCUAUGUUUCAAGGCAACGAGCUUGAAAUCAAGUCGAGUAUUUGCGGUCGCUAUUGCAGCAAAACAUCAAAAAUGUUGAAAAGGUUGGUGAACGAGCGACUAACUGCGGCAGCUGAUGAAAUAUUCGCGCUGUUUGAAAGAACGAUAGCGUCGUACGAGGAGGAACUUUCCAGAACAAAAGAGGAGAACGAGCAACAAAGACAACAACUGGAAGCUGUUAGCAAGACUUCCAUUGUGUUACACACUGAAGACGUCCUGCACGAAGAAAGUCCCCCUUUACCGCAGGGAGGGAGCUCCACUUUAAAGCAGAAGGAUCCAAAGCCCCCCCACAUUAAAGAGGAAGAGGAUGAACUCUGGAUCACUCAGGAAGGCGAAUAUUACACCAAGUUGGAGGAAGAUGGUCUUCCCUUAUUGCCACUGACUGUGGUCUCUGUGAAGACUGAAGACCAUGAAGACAAACCAGCAGACAACCUCUUAGCUCCACUAUCAGACUGUGACGACACAUGGUCACACUUUCCUGAGGAUGCAGACAGGGACAACACCCAAGAAGCUUUGAGCAGUGAUGCAGGCUGUGAAGGUGUCCAAAACCUGAUAAGUCGUCAAGAAGAACCGCAGAGAGGUAGCAUCACUUUGGAGAAUAAGGAUCCACAGUCCCCCCACAUUAAAAAGGAGGAGGAGGAGGAACUCUGGAUCAGUCAGGAGGGAGAGUGUGUUGCCAGGCAGGAGGAGGCUGAUCUCAGCAAGUUGCCACUGACUGUUGUCUCUGUGAAGAUUAAAGAUGACAAAGAUGAACCCCAAGAAGACUUCUUAGCUCCACUAUCAGACAGCGCUGACACGUCACACUCUCCUGAGGCUAAAGACGGAGACGCCACCCAUGAACCUUUAGACAGCGAUACAGACUGUGAAGGUGAUAUGAGGACUCGAACUGACAACAAACCCUCGGAAGUACCUGAAAAGAAGACCGGUAAAAAAUGUUUGACCUGCCCGGUUUGCGCAAAAAGCUUUUCUGACAAGCGAUAUUUUCCUCUACACAUGAGAACGCACACGGGAGAAAAACCCUUCAGUUGUUCAAUUUGCGAUAAAAGAUUCUCUCAAAAUUCACAUUUGUUAUCACACGUGAGAACGCACACUGGGGAAAAACCUUUUAGCUGCUCAGUUUGUGACGAGAGGUUCUCUAAAAAGUCCAACAUUGUAAAUCACAUGAGAACGCACACGGGAGAAAAACCUUUUGGUUGUUCAGUUUGCGAGGCCAAAUUUGCUAAGAGGUUCACUCUGAAGAGGCACAUGACCACGCACACGCGGGAAAAACCCUUUAGUUGUUCGGUUUGUGGCGAAGGUUUUGCUGUGGAAAUGUCUCUGAUUAGACACCAAAGAACGCACACAGUAGAAAAACCUUUUAGUUGUCCAGUUUGUGAUAAAAGAUUUUCUCACAAGUCAAAUAUGAACGCGCACAUGAGAAUCCAUACAGGAGAAAAAGCCUUUAAUUGCUCAGUUUGUGGUAAAAACUAUUCUUAUAGGGCAAGCUUGUCGAUACACAUGCGGAAACACAAAGGAGAAUAAAGCUUUUCUUGUAAAGUUCUAAGAGCAGAGCCGACUACUUUUCUGGAUUAUGUCGGAGACUUCCGGCACUUGCUUUUGGUUUCCAACAUCGUGACUCACGGUAAAAAUCAGGUUCGCAUGGAUAGAAAAUACCCAGGUUUUUCAACCAAAUUAUGAAAAGAAGAAAUUAAUACUCACGAUCAAAGCUCGCAAACAAAAAUUGCAUUGGCUAACUCUGUAUGCCACCUAUGGGUGCAACUAGCUAGGAUUUAUAUACACUAUCAAUACCGUCACCGGGUGUACCAACAACAGGCUGAGCAAUUAUUCAGCCCAUCCAGAAUUUUGCGGUCUUUUUUUGUGAUUGUUGGAGCCUAAAAUGCCUGAAUUUGAGGAAAUUGUGGCAAACGUUAUGGUAAAUGGAUUACCGUAUUUUCCGCACUAUAAGGCGCACCUAAAAACCACAAAUUUUCU